AUGGACAGAGAGGCGUACCGUAACUGCUGCAGCCUGGUCAAAAUACCAAGACAGUCGUAUGAGCAGUUUUGGUCUUCACAUUUUGUAGAUUACAUCGACAAGGAGUUGAGCUACUCUAAGUUUUUCAAGAAAUACUUGCUUCCCAAUCACCCAUGCAUGUUUUCAAGAAGGUUUACAGAGAACUGGAAAUGCAGAAAACAGUGGGUGACUGAGGAGGGGAAGCCUAAUUUCCAGAAACUGCUGCAAGAGUUUGAUGAGAGUCCUGUUCCUGUUGCAAACUGCAAUGCAAAGGAGUACAAUGCAAACCCUAAACAAGUUAUGCCUUUCAAAGAAUUUAUACACUACUGGAAGGAAUAUAUCCAGAAUGGCCACUCAUCAGCUAAAGGAUGUCUCUAUCUGAAAGACUGGCACAUGGCAAGGGACUUUCCAGAACACAAUGUUUACACCACACCUGUCUUCUUUUCCUCUGACUGGCUUAAUGAAUACUGGGAUACACUCGAAGUGGAUGACUACCGGUUUGUCUACAUGGGACCCAAAGGUUCAUGGACCCCGUUCCACGCCGACGUUUUCCGCUCCUACAGUUGGUCAGCAAACAUCUGCGGUAGGAAGAAAUGGCUCCUAUAUCCCCCAGGUCAGGAGGAGUUUCUGCGAGACACUCAUGGCAACUUGCCUUAUGAUGUGACAUCAUCUGAACUUCAAGACAGAGGCCUUUUUCCUCACUCCGAAGAAGCCUGCCAGCCUCUUGAGAUUAUUCAAGAGGCAGGUGAAAUUAUUUUUGUGCCCAGUGGCUGGCACCAUCAAGUUUAUAAUCUGGAGGACACCAUCUCUAUUAAUCACAACUGGUUGAAUGGCUGUAACAUUGACAUCAUGUGGCAGUUCCUUCAGAAUGAGCUGUCAUCUGUUCAAAAAGAGAUUGACGAGUGGAGAAACACAAUGGAUUCCUGGCAUCAGCACUGCCAGGUCAUCAUGAAGGCCUGCUCUGGUAUUGAUUACGGUGAAUUUGCCUCGUUCCUGAAAAUCAUUGCUGACAACCGGAUGGCUUUCCUGAAUGCUUGCUCCUCUGGGGAUUCCUCAGAUUACCCACGACAUCUCUCAGAGAUCCUCACCACACUUGGACCUUACCAUGCUGCCUUUGACCUACAGAGAGUGGCUCACAUAAUUGAAUGCCUACUUUGCAAUGAAGACUUUAAGCGGCUCGAUCAUUCAACACUGACCCUGCAGCCAGAAACCAUGUUACAGCAAAUUCGAGACACCAUACAAUCCACAAGAGGGCAGCAUCUUCUUUAUCAAGAGUAAGAUGUUCAGUGGUGUCCCAACAAUGUUAACUGACACCUGGAAUUAGCUUGAAUGACAAGUGCCAGUUUGUACUGUGUGAAAAAGAUGAUGAUAGAGGUGUUACUGCACCUUUGGUUUGAGAUAAAUUGUAAUCUCAAAUGUUGCUUGUGAAUGUUGGAAUUGGUUUUUGCACUGAAAGAUAAAAAAGAUAAAUAAAUAAAAAAUACACAAGUUGA